AUGAAACGCGGAGAAGCACACAACGUGCACGACUUCGCAACAUCAACAAAGAAAAGGAAGCAGACAUGUGGCCUUUCCAAUUCAGUCAUUCUGAAUACUAGGAUUCGCCCGUCCAUAUCAGAAUCCAUAAGUGCCAUUCAGCGUGAAACGGGUAUGGCAAUCGGCAUCUCAAGAAGGGAAUAUGGACCCUUAGCCCAUGAACCAUCGACUCCCUCGGCGCAAAGAAUAGGGCGGGGUCUUACUCUAUCGACUAGUACCGUAGAAGAGCUCGCGAAGGUUUCUAGGGGUGAACAGCCCUCCAAAUAUCCAUUUCUGCAUAAAUGGCUGGCCAAGUUGACAGGCCGACGGAACAGCCGUGAAUCUAAAAUGGUUGACAUAAACUCUCAUACCUACAAUCGGCUGGCUGCUUUCCUACUGGUGGGCCAAUCCAUGGAGACUCGGUCCUGUUUGGAUUGGAGAACGGAGACCACAAGGGAAAACUCAUUCUUGACUGACCGCAAACUGUUUCCGCGGUUGAUCUUUAUACUCAACCUCCUCAGCCAACUUUUUCUGGAUCAAGUCCGCCGCCCCUAUGCACCAGUAUGGACUGACUGCGUCUAUGAACUCGCCCAUGAUGUUUUCAAACUUCUGCAGGUGUUCGCCGUGUUCAAUGUCGUCGAUGGGUCGACCAGGAUUGUCACGAAGGAACUCGACAUUCCCCUUGGAUCAAAAAAGGCCGGCUUGUUGAACGAAGCUGGCUUUUUAGCCCUGGCUCUCUCCCCUUGCUGA